CACAAGCAUUUACACUUAUAAAACAAUAUAUACUCUUUAUUGUAAUGUAUAUUUAGGAUUGUAACUCUUAAAGAAUGUUAUCUGUUCUGCGUUACAGGUGGCUGUCAAUUACCAUACAGAAGGGUUCGAACAUUGAUUCUUUUAUUAUCUAGAAUCAGAUUGAUUUAGGUAGAAAUACGGAAGUAGAACCACUUUCCUUCGGAUUUUUUGGAUAGGAUGGGUGUUCCAGCACUUUUUCGACUAUUGUCGAGAAAAUUUCACAAAGUUAUUACGCCCGUAGUCGAGGCACCGACUCAAACACUUCCUGAUGGUACAGAAAUUGGACCGGAUUUGAGUCUUCCAAAUCCCAAUGGUGAAGAAUGCGAUAAUUUAUACCUGGAUAUGAAUGGUAUCGUCCAUCCUUGUUCGCAUCCUGAAGACCGACCUGCACCUGAGACCGAGGAUGAGAUGAUGAUAGCUAUUUUUGAGUAUACCGAUCGUAUUAUGGCAAUGGUUCGUCCGAGAAAGUUACUGUACAUAGCCAUUGAUGGCGUAGCUCCUCGUGCAAAAAUGAAUCAGCAACGAUCACGUCGUUUUCGAUCCUCUCGUGAAGCUGCCCAAAAAGAAGCUGAACUUGAGAUUUGUAUCGAGGAAGCCAAAAAACAAGGAAUUCCCGUUGACGAAGAGGCGACCAAGAAAAAAGCCUGGGAUAGCAAUUGCAUUACUCCAGGAACGCCGUUUAUGGAUACAUUGGCUAAAUCAUUAAAAUAUUACAUUAUUAAUAAACUAAAUACUGAUCCUUGCUGGAGAAACACUCGUUUUAUUCUGUCAGAUGCAUCAGUGCCAGGUGAAGGUGAACACAAAAUUAUGGAAUUUAUCCGUUCCCAACGUGUGAAACCAGAAUACGACCCUAAUACUCGUCAUGUAGUAUAUGGAUUGGAUGCUGAUUUGAUUAUGCUUGGUUUGGCUACCCAUGAACCUCACUUCCGCGUACUACGUGAGGACGUAUUUUUCCAACAAGGAAGUACCAAGAAAUCAAAGGAGGAGCGGUUAGGAUUGAAACGUUUAGACGAAACAUCAGAAACGAACAAAGUUCCUGUAAAGAAACCAUUUAUUUGGUUACACGUUAGUGUUCUGCGGGAAUACUUAGAAGUGGAGCUUUAUGUUCCUAAUUUACCUUUCCCAUUCGAUCUCGAACGAGCAAUUGAUGACUGGGUAUUCUUCAUUUUCUUCGUUGGUAAUGACUUUCUUCCUCAUCUUCCAAGUUUAGAUAUCCGUGAUGGUGCUGUAGAACGACUUACUGAGAUCUGGCGUACUUGCCUUCCGCAUAUGGGAGGUUACUUAACCUUGGAUGGGUCAGUCAAUUUAACACGAGCUGAGAUGAUUUUGACUGCUGUUGGUGAUCAAGAAGACGACAUUUUUAAACGUUUAAAGCAGCAAGAAGACCGUCGAACCGAAAACCAGAAGCGUAGAGCACAAAGAGAAGCCAACCAAAAUGAUUCUUCUUAUUUGGAUGAUACAAUAAUACAGCGCUCAGCGAAAGUUGAAACGUCUCAAACAACCACUGUUCCUUCAGUUGAUACAAGCGGUGCUGAGGAUACGCGGCCUAGUAAAGCACGUAAAACAGAUGCUCCCGCUCCUGAGAAUUUGGUAAACUUAUCUGAAAGAACUUCCAAUAGAUCUUUAAGUGCAACAAAUAAAAAUCUCAUUAACAAUCGUGCUGCUAAUCGCCUUGGCCUUUCUAACGAAGCUGCAACUACUUCCUCCAUUAAUAAAAUUGCUGCCGCGAAUUUAAAAUCUCAAAUGACUUCAAACGAAACCCUUCGUGCCGUGCCUAUUGAAGAGGUUGUUUCCUCCCCUACCCCUAGUGCAACAGACGAUAUAGCAAGUUCUGACCCUAGUGGUUUAGCAACUCCUAUUGAACCAGCUCCUGUUUCAGCUGGCAUGAAGCGGAAAGCUGGAGACACUGCCGACGAGGAGGCCUCCACAGAUACAGUUCGCUUGCACGAGUCUGGUUAUCGGGAGCGUUAUUAUGAGCAAAAAUUUGGAUUUUCUGUGACCGAUACCGAUCAGUUAGGGGAAGCGGUCCGUCAUUAUGUUCAUGGAUUAUGUUGGGUUUUAUUAUAUUAUUAUCAAGGAUGUCCUUCGUGGACCUGGUAUUAUCCAUAUCACUACGCACCCUUUGCUGCUGAUUUCAAAAAUUUAUCUUCUAUUGAUGUAAAGUUUGAUGUAAAUCAACCUUUUAGACCUUAUGAGCAAUUAUUGGGUGUACUUCCUGCUGCGAGUAGAAACAAUUUGCCUGAGAAGCUACAACCAUUAAUGACAGAAGCAGAUUCGGAAAUUAUUGAUUUUUAUCCAGAGGACUUUGUCAUAGAUUUGAAUGGUAAGAAGUUUGAGUGGCAGGGUGUGGCAUUGCUUCCUUUUAUUGAUGAGAAUCGCUUGCUAUCUGCAGUUUCCAGAAUUUAUCCUUCACUUAGUGAAGAUGAAGCCAGGAGAAACACGAGUGGAUCUUCGUUACUCUUUGUUUCAGAACAUCAUCCCAUGUACCCGGAAGUUGUAAAACACCUGUACUCUAAAAAGAAACAAGGGAAACCUUUAAAGUUAUCAGGGAAAGUGGGACAUGGCAUUUUUGGUAAGGUCAGCAACGAUGAUUCCAUCCUACCAAAUGUUUCCGUACAGUGUCCAGUGGACGUUACUACGGCUGAGGCACUUCAGAAAUACGGCAACAUUGAAAAUAACCAAAGUUUAAGUCUGCAGUUUGAAGUUCCAAAAUCAAAUUUCGUUCAUAAGUCGAUGCUUCUUCGGGGAGUUAAGAUGCCCUCUAGGGUAUUGACACCAGAGGAUGUCAGUAUCGUUCGUGCGGAACGCAACAAUGCUGGACGUCGAAACAACGGCUCUUUCCGAGGAGGUGGCCCUCGAAGAGGCGGAUAUCAAGGUGCUCAGCGCUCAUUUUAUCAGUCACAAAACUAUAGCUACAACCAGCAAGCAUAUACCGGUGUUACCAACGGAUUUGCCCAAACAGGUAUACAACCGCCAUGGAACAAUGGAAGUGGUUUUCCAAGAUCUGCUAAUGCAUAUAGUGCAAGAGGUGGAUAUGGUCAACAGGGCUAUUCAUAUGGUAACUCUCAAAUGAAUAAUCGUGGUAAUCCGUACAGCUAUGGAUAUCCUCCUGCCAACGGUUAUAAUGGAAAGGGCGCUUAUCGAUGAUUUUAUCGUUAAUUAAAUUAAAAUAUUAAUGACAUAAACGGUUUUGUAAGGGUAUUUUGAACUUUUAGAAUUACUUCAUCCCUGUAUUCAUACACAGACAUUUAGUUGAACUAAUUAAUUAAUAUCAUACCAUUUUAAGAAAAA